UUUCACCUCUCUUUUAGUGUCUUUCGCUGUCACAAUUUGGCACGCCUGUUUUGACACUUUUUGACACUUGUUAAAUUUUCGUAUUUUGGAAAUCAAAUCCCCAUCAUGCCUCUUCCCAUAUAGGCUUUUAUGGAGCCCCACGAGUCUUUCGAAAGCGCAAUCGACGCCCCGCCCCCCAUCCAACUCAAACCGCGCGACUCCCGAAAAUGCUGUUGGGUCUGCUUCGCCACGGAAGAAGAGGACUUGGACGCCCUGUGGGUGCAACCGUGCAAAUGCCGCGGUACCACCAAAUGGGUGCACCAGUCGUGUCUCAAACGCUGGGUGGAUGAGAAGGAGAAGUCGGGACAUGGGGGCAAAGUGGUGUGUCCCCAGUGCCAGACCGAGUACAUCAUAGUCUUCCCUAACAUGGGGCUGUUUGUUCUGUUACUAGACACAGUCGAUGGGAUUAUUUUCCGGGGGUCGUUGUUCCUCGCAGCGGGGAUAGCCGCCAGUGCGAUUUACUGGACGGGGGUCACGUAUGGGGCUAUAACUGUGAUGCAGGUCAUAGGGCACAAGGAAGGGAUAGAUUUGAUGGAACAAGCUGACCCUCUUGUGCUCCUUUUGGGGCUCCCCUCGAUCCCAGUCGCCCUGAUUUUGGGGCGCUUGGUCUGUUGGGAAGACGCCGUUUUGAAGUUUAUGAGACGGCAUUGCCCCAAAAUCCCCAUAAUUCACAAUGUACUGCCGUUCAGGGGUGAUGUCCUCCAAAGUGAUACAACGGUCGAUAGUGACUUGCCCCCAGUCAGUAGUCCUGUCUCAGCGACGCGAAUUUUAUGUGGGGCGCUGCUCAUGCCUACGAUAGCGAAUUUAUUCGGAAAAUUGUUUUAUAGUUCAGUUAAAUCGAAUUUUCACAGAACGAUUUUAGGUGGAUUUACUUUUAUCACAGUUAAGGGGUUUUUAAGGAUUUAUCAUAAACAACAACAGUACAUUCGGCAAUGCCAACGCAAGAUUUUAGACUACACUGAAGCCAAUAUUUCUACUUACUUACACCAUAAUAGAAAUUCUGAUUAAAUAAUCUAGAAACUUAAUUAGGACAAAUAUUUUUUUAGAUUAAUUGCAUUAUUAGUUAAUUGCAUUCCUUGUUUAUUUAACUUAAUGGAAAACAAACAUUUUACAAGUGCCCUCGACUUGGGAUUUAUUAAAAAGCAAUUCUGUUAAAUAAAACGUUUUUUAGACAAA